GGAGGAUAGCCGCCAGAGUUGACACUUGACAGGUCUCAUAUACCAAUCUCCAAAGUCUCCUCCAACUAUCAUUGUAAUUGAGCUUUCCUUUGCUGGAAAUUUGGAAACCAAAAGAUGAGCUGGUGGUGGUCUGGAGCUAUAGGCGCUGCAAAGAAAAAAGUCGAACAAGAUGAUGCCCCAGUACAGAAGCAUCAAAGCGUUGCACUAAUAAUCGGAGUCACCGGCAUUGUCGGCAACAGCCUCGCCGAGAUCCUCCCUCUUUCCGACACCCCCGGUGGUCCUUGGAAGGUCUACGGCGUCGCUCGCCGUCCUAGACCGUCGUGGAACGCCGACCACCCGAUCGAGUACAUCCAAUGCGACAUCUCAAACCCUGAAGAUACGCAAUCCAAACUCACUCUACUCGGCGACGUCACCCACGUUUUCUACGUGACUUGGGCCAGUCGAUCCACAGAGAUCCAAAACUGUGAAACCAACGGGAAAAUGUUUAAAAAUUUGCUCAAUGCUAUUAUCCCCAAUUGCCCCAAUUUGUCUCACAUCUGUUUGCAAACGGGUCGAAAACACUAUCACGGCCCGUUUGAAUUGUUCGGAAAAGUAGCACAUGAUACCCCACAUCACGAGGGUUUGCCCCGUUUACCCGUACCCAAUUUCUACUACACUCUUGAGGAUAUUCUAUUUGAGGAGGUGAAAAAGAAAGAAAAAUUAACAUGGUCAGUUCAUAGGCCCGGGUUGAUAUUUGGGUUUUCACCCUAUAGUUUAAUGAAUAUUAUUGCAACUCUGUGUGUUUAUGCAGCUAUAUGUAAACAUGAGGGGUUGAAAUUGAAAUUUCCAGGCGUUAAAUCAGCUUGGGACGGGUACUCGGACUGUUCAGAUGCGGAUUUAAUUGCCGAGCAUCAGAUAUGGGCGUCAGUGGAUCCUAAUGCGAAGAAUGAGGCAUUCGAUGUAAGCAAUGGGGAUGUGUUUAAGUGGAAGCAUUUGUGGGGGAUUUUAGCUGAGGAAUUUGAAGUGGAAGCUGAAGAAUUUGAUGAAAAGAGCAAGAGAUGGACAUUGGAGGAGAUGAUGAAGGAUAAAGGAGAAAUUUGGGAUGAGAUUGUGAAGGAGAAUGGAUUGGUGCCUAAUAAAUUGGAGCAAGUUGGAGGUUGGUGGUUUGUUGAUAUUGUUCUUAGUGGAGAGUGUCCUUUGGAUGCUAUGAACAAGAGUAAAGAACAUGGCUUUUUGGGUUUUAGGAACUCCAAAAAUUCCUUCGUUUCAUGGAUUGAUAAGGUGAAAGCCUACAAAAUUGUUCCUUAAUUUGUUUGAUUGGUGAAGUUUUCUUUACGACUCAUAUAAGUUAAAGUUGUGGGAUAUAUAAGUUAGACUCACGAAAGAUAAGUGGAAAUGUGGAUGGAAAGUGUAUUUUGAGCUUGUCUACUCUCCAUUAUGUUGUUGAUAAACAUAAAAGAAAAUUACUGCAAAAGCAGCCAUUCCUGAUGCUUGUAUAUUGGAAAAGGUUUUGGAUUAAUAAACUAUAAACUAUACCUA